AUGAAACCGCGGACAAUCUUGUUGAGCAUCUUCCUGAAAGCUCCCUUCAUCUACGCAGAAGAAAAGAUCAGCCUCCAAUGGGCAAUUUGCGACCCAACACCACAAGACACGCUUGCAAAGCUUGGACUCGAUGAAGCACUCCCAUACAAAGAAAAUCCAAUCACCUACUAUGAUGAAGAUCCCCCUAUACAUCUCACCUCCGGAUUAAUGUUCCGCACCAAAACGAACAAAGGCCAGCCACUCUCCACAGUCAAAGUCCGCUUUCCAGAGGUAGUCCCUGAUAUUCCAGACUUUGUCGACUGCUCUUGGGAAUACUAUGGCGGUAACCCGCCAUCCUUCACAUGCGAAAAACGCUAUCCUUUGGACGGUAAAAUCUGGCACGAGGAGCAGGUGCAGUUCGCCGAACGGUAUGGGACUGUCGACUGGGAUAUGCUGCGUGCGUAUGGGCCCUAUCAGAAUGCCAAGUGGAAGGUGCGGGUUGGUGGACACAAAGCCAAGUUUGAUGAUGUAGUAGCUGGAGAUCUGCAUCUGAUGGAGAUCGAGACGAAGGUGCUUAGGGAGGAGGCUGAUUAUGCGCUGCAGGAGAUUACGCGCUAUCUGAAUGAGACGGGCGUUGUGCUUUGCGAGCCGCAGGAAGGGAAGACCAUGCGACUGUUUCGUACUAUGGGGUACCUCGGGAAUGAAAGGGAGGAGCUAUAA